AUGCUGCCUUGCUCCUGGUGCCAUCAUCGUAUCAACAUUACCGUUGCAACUGGAACUACCGCCAAGCUCAACACCAUACAGGACCAGCUGAGUCGCCGCGAAGUCCGCCGGACGAAGAGCAACAGGCAGGUCAAUCGCGAGCGCUUCUUCGGCCACAAGGGCCCCUCCACCGUAUCACACGCUGUUGAUACUGAUGAGCACCAUAAGGAUGAGGACAAGUAUCGGGGCCGAGAAAUUCAGCUAUCCAGGCCGGGUAAAAGAUGGGGGUUGGUGACGGGUCCCGAACCACCCAAGAAGUGCCUUCAGAGCUCGUCGACGCCCUACAAAUCACCUCGAUUGCCUCAUCCAUGCCAGUCUUGA